UACGAAACACCCUCAUCUCACUUUACAUUAAACCAAACCCUAAACAAGUGAUUAGAUGGAAUUGCGCCAAUUGCGUUUGACGAUGGCUCUCUACAAUUCAUCCCACCUUUCUAUCAUCUCCCCAAGUGCUCCCGCCAAAAUUCCAACAUUCAAUAAUCUUAACCUACGCACACCUACUCUUUUCCUGUACCCUCAUCGCCAUAACCAUUCUCUCCCUCCAAUUCUUACUCUCCGAGCAAACCCACCCCAAAAAUACAUUUAUCCUGAUCCGAUUCCAGAAUUUGCUGAAGCUGAAACCCAGAAGUUCAAAAUUGAAUUAAGGAAGAAGUUAUUGGAAGAUGAAGAUGCUUUUGGUGAUGAAAUUGAUCAAGUUAUCGAUAUUUGCGCUAAGCAGAUACUGCAUGAAUUUCUGUUGAAAGAGUAUGGAGGGCCAGGAACAUUAUUGGUGGAGCCUUUUACAUUCAUGCUCAUUGCUAUCAAAGACAACAACUUGCCUGGUGCUGCUUUAGCUGCUAGAACAUCCCUCCUUUGGGCUCAAAAUUAUUUAGAUUGUGACUGGCAAGCCUGGAAUUCUUCAUCUUAGUCACAACUCACAACAAUCAAGAAAUGGAGGGGUGUUGUCUAUAAAAGAAAGAUUUUGACUAUAGCCCUUUAUAGUCUUACAUAUGGGGUGUUGAUACUGUUUGGAACCUUCAAGUUCCUAUGGUGACUAGAGUAACUCGUGAAGAUUGAGGUCAAGAAUAAGGUUAUGCAUAUCCCAAUCAAAGGUGUGAGUGUUGAUCACCCUUGGAUUAGGAGGAUUUUUAUUCUAUUGUAUAGCUGUCUAUUACAUAGCUGUUGGUUAUUUUGUGUUUUGUUUGGAGUUCUGUUUACUUUAUGCACACGAAGAGUGGGUUGGGAGAAACCCUUUUUAGAAGGCGUGCUUUUUUUUUCAUGCUGAUGUAAAUUAGAUUUGCAGUUCUCUUGUUUUUUUUAAUACUCUUUUACACUUUUUUUGUUUUGAAUUAAUGAAAAAUAAAAAAAUAAAAAAAAAAGUAUGCAAGAAGAUGAGAGAUUAAAACUUUGCAAGUGUGAGCAACUAUCAUUAUGGAAACCGAUCUGUAAUAUAUAAACAUUCCAAACUUCACUUGUGUAUGGGUAGUAAAGGCCUAUUUCACAUAAAUAACAAAUACUGAUUUUUUUUUAUUUUCUCUUUUGGAAUUUGGAAAAAAAAAACAAAUAAUAAUUACAUAUUAGAUACUACUAUUGAAUAAAUAACAAUUACUCCCUCUGUAUUUUUUAUCU